CUCGAAAAACAACGGGAAGGACCUCGUAACGUUGUAUAUCCAAACGGGGAGCAAUUAGAUUUUGUCAGCCGAUCAUCAAUUUGGGUGCUGACGAAAAUGUCUGGCUAUUGGAAACCAGUACAAAUAGGAUGUAAGGGGCAACUUUUGUAAAUCCAGUCCUCGAGGCCCCCGGCCCAAUGACCGCCCCUGCUCACGAUCGUGUCAAUGUUAGACGAAUAAGGUUGCACAAUAUCCCAACGAAAAGUGGAGCUUUUACUCUGGAGGGAGGGCUCGGCAGGCAGGAAGUCCGCGUUUCCAGUGAUUUUGCUCAAUGUUGCGAGCUCGCCGCGCUGGGAUGCUGACUGACUGACUCACUAGUGCUGCCGCACUAGUUGUUCACUCGGAGCGCGAAGCAGCCGAGCACAUCUACAUCCACAUCCACAUCCCCGCCCGGCGUCCUCAGCAGCCUCAGGACCCCCCCCGGUCGCCGACAUGAACCCUCAGUGUGCCCGCUGCGGGAAGGUUGCCUACCCGACGGAGAAAGUCAGCUGCCUGGACAAGAACUGGCACAAAGGCUGCUUCCACUGCGAGGUUUGCAAGAUGACCCUCAACAUGAAGAACUACAAAGGUUACGACAAGAAGCCGUACUGCAACGCACAUUACCCCAAGACGUCUUUCACCACUGUGGCCGACACGCCCGAGAACCUGCGGCUCAGGCAGCAGAGCCAGCUGCAGAGUCAGGUCAAGUACAAGAAAGAUUUCGAGGAGAGCAAAGGUCGUGGAUUCAGCAUCGUGUCCGACACGCCCGAGAUGCAACGACUGCGACGCACUCAGCAGCACAUCAGCGACGUACGUACCCGAUGGACAGACAUGCACGCGGAUGGUGGGUAGAAAAAGUCUACACACCCCUGUUCAAAUGGCAGGUUUAUUAAAAAAAAAAGAUAAAUCAUUUGAAAUUUCCACCAUUAAUGUGACCUAUAACCUGUAUAACUCAAUUGAAAGAAAAAACAAAACUCAAGAUAGGUGAGAUACUGUGGUUGCACAAAUGUGCACACCCAUGAAGCGACCACAUUCAAACGUCUGUUAAAUUGCAGGCAGCACACACCUGCCACCCUUUCAAGGACCUCUCAUUCGAGAUCAGAUCUUCUACUAGGCUUUUUAUUGCGGGUUGUACAGGUUAUAGGCCACAUUAAUGGUGGACAAAAAGUUUUGAAUUGACCCAUCUUGGUCUUAUUUUUUUUUAAAUCACUAAAACCAGGCAUUUGAACAGGCGUGUGUAGACUUUUAUCUGUCACUGUUUAAAUCUACAUUGUGUACAUGUGUGAAGUGGAUGAGUGGAUGUGGUGCAGUUUUGUUAGUGAGCGCGCACACACACACACGCGCGUGCAGACACACACACACACACACACACACAGAUUCUCCCACGAGGACAAGAUGGAGGCGACAACGUCGUCUGAAGUGGAGCA